AAGAGUCGCAUAGUGGCACGAUUCGCUGGGUAGCACUAUUCGACAGAACACCGGAAAAGUCACGUGACCACACGCCGUCGUUCAAGAUGGAGACUGAGCGUUUAGAUGUCUUUACUGUGAGCUAGCUAGCUGUGGACUAAAUUCUCAAUAUGGCACAUCAGGCGGACUACCAGCCGCUGUAAGGAUAGUAGCGAGAUUAGUAACUUAGUCUGAGAUGUGCAUUUGGCAGCUCUUGACCACGAUGAGGUAAAGUUUUUGUAAACAUAGACCACCUGAAGAAUUUUCAACAUCAGAGGUAGCCAGAGGAGAAAACUGUCAAUGGUCAUCAUCACUAACUCAUUUUGAAAGAGAGGAGAUCGAUAUGGCCCUGAGAGAGUUAAAGGUUUGCCUCCUGGGGGACACUGGAGUUGGAAAGUCGAGUAUUGUUUGGAGAUUUGUGGAGGACAGCUUUGACCCAAACAUCAACCCAACAAUCGGGGCGUCCUUCAUGACCAAGACCGUGCAAUACCAGAAUGAGCUGCACAAGUUCCUGAUCUGGGACACGGCAGGACAGGAGCGGUUUCGUGCCCUGGCACCCAUGUAUUACAGAGGUUCAGCUGCAGCCAUCAUUGUUUACGACAUCACAAAAGAGGAUUCCUUCCAAACACUGAAGAACUGGGUGAAGGAGCUGCGACAGCACGGCCCUCCUAAUAUUGUGGUCGCCAUCGCUGGCAAUAAAUGUGACCUUUCAGACGCCAGGGAAGUGCUAGAGAAGGAUGCCAAGGACUAUGCUGACUCCAUCCAUGCCAUCUUUGUAGAAACCAGCGCCAAGAACGCCAUUAACAUCAACGAGGUGUUUAUAGAGAUAAGUAAGCGCAUCCCGGUCGCAGAAGCAGCUGCAGGAACAUCAGGAAAAGGUUUCAAACUGGGACGACAGGCCUCAGAGUCUCGCAGGACGUGCUGCUGAUGAUUCUGGUGACUGUCCCCACAUGAUCUAUACCCUGAUCCUUAUUCCUCCUGUUACCCCAUCGUACAGGCGCCACACACCGUCCAACCGCACACCUUGCCAUCAGUGAUACUGAUGGUGCAGCAUUUCAAGGCUGAUUGCCUGCAAGCAAAAGCUUAAACAAAAAGAAAAACAGCAAUCAGAAAAUUUCUGUCAGGAAAGGUAACUCAAGGUUACUGAGGAAAACAAACAUUAAUACAUUGAUAUGUAAGUCAUAGAAACACAUGUAUGGAAAUAUAUUUUACUGGCUUCUUCUUUGGACUUGGACCUCUGUUUGGUGUGUUAUAGCUCUGUGCUGAUCAGAGUUCUGGAGAGAGGUCAGACGUCAUUUGUACUUGUAAAUUUGUACAAAUCUAUAUUUCAAACCAAAACAUGGACUGAACAUUGUUCAAUUUCACCAAAUUAUUUUGAUAAGACCUUAAUUAUUUCGUUUUGUCAACUUAGUGAAGGAUCCAUCUAUACAGUUUAUGUGUAUAAUCACUUAUUUAUCAUAAGAUUUUGAUGCACAAGGAGAAGGCAGUCAUCAAUAUCACUCUGUCAUCUUAACUUUUUUGCAUUUUUUAAAGGAUAUUUCAAGAGAUGUUGCUAAUUCACGGUCAAGUUAGGAAGAUUGUUCACAAGAGAUCGAAGUGUUAAACUUUGAUCACAUGGUUAAACUGCAGAAAUGAAAGAUCGGUGGGAGCCUGCUACCUUUACAUUAAAGGAGUAGUUUGGAAAACGGGGAAGAAUGUCUGUGAAGGUGACCUGAGAAAACUAUGUCAUCAAUCUGGAGCCUGCAGUCCAUUAUCGUAGCUUAGCAUAAAAACUGGAGAGCAAUAGAAGCUAAAUCUGUACACAUGUAAGAAAUCUGCUUACAAGCACUUCUAAAACUUGUUAAUCCGCACAUUAAACCUGUUAAUAUUACACCUUGAGUUCUGUGGGUAUUAACCAAACACUUUGGCCAUUUUUCAGGGAUUACUAUGCAGCACUAUUUCCUGAUUCUGAGCGCCAAGACUCCAGGAAGUUAUCUGUCUCAGCCAAGGAAUAUUCUGACACAUAUCCCUGUGUAACAUAGCAUUUAUUAGACUAAAAUAAACACCUGUUUUAUUCAAAUUCAAUUAGAAACUUUAAUAACACCUCCAGAGGCAACUGGAGCAGCUUGCACUUAAAAUAAAUAUGUAAACAAAAAGAUAAAAAACAACAUUUAAUUAUGUCCAAUAGAUAACAUUUCUAGUCUGUAUUCAAAGAUAAGCUGAUAAAUUGAUGACAUUAUGAAUCUAACAGACAUAAUGGCAUGUUAUUUUUCUCUCAUCCAGCUCUAACAGAAAACAAAUACUCGUAUUUAUCAGAAAAAGUCUGUUCCUUUGGUUAUCAACCGUGUUGUCCUUCUCCCCGUGGCCAUUUUACGAUAUUCUGACUGUCAGUUGCACCUGAGAAUGACAACAACUUAUCAUGCCACCUCACCUGUGUGAUAAAAGCAGAUAUCCACUCCCCAAUCUUCCGAUACCUGUGCUUCAUUCAGAGAGCAAAGUGCUGACUCUGUUGCAGUUUCAAAGUUUAUUAUUGUAUGAUAACAGUUCCAGAUGCUCUCAUGUGCUCCACAGUUUCUGUUGUAAUUACUGCAAAGGUAUUAACUGAAUCCUAAAUAUGAAGUUCCCCAUAUCACAUGCUGCAAACUAACUUCUGUUUCACAAUCAUGCUUAAGCUCUCCGGUAUUCACUGGUGAGCCCGUCUGUCUUCAAUCUUUUGCUUAAGCGUUAAAUAUUUAACAGGCGAAGCUAACAUUUGUGAGGCCUCGCCAAAAUCUUUAAUUGCCUCAUAAACUUUUUUGUUUUUUUUCCUCUCCUGUAACACAUUCAGCACUGGCUCUCGCAUGCGGUGUUGUUUUACCACCUUGCCCGCAAUGGAAACGGCAACAUUUUGAAACUUGACACGGUUUCAAGGAAAAUCAGAUUUAAGAGCUUAAAUCUCCCCUUUGCAUAACGUUAAAGGUUUCAGUGUUAGACGUAGCUCUGUCAACAUGCUGACCCCUUAAUGAACCUCCUCUCUGUAUGUGCUUUGUUACAGCCUCUGCUCUCUGAUUUGCCUUCCUCCAAGCUUCUUUUGACUCAUUCCUUUAAAUUCCAGGCACUUAUUGUAAGUCCAGCUUUCAGAGAAAUGUGGUGCACUUUACAGCAGCGUUCACUGAGCUCUAUCAUCCUCUUAAAAUCAUGAAAGCUAUUUCUACUCUGAAAUCCUUGUGCUCUGCUAGAGUAGAGUCAUUUCCCUCUAAUAUUGGCCUAAUUAAACUUCACUUGAAGUUGAAUCAUGAGCUCUCCACGGACUUAAUAAUUUUGUGUAAUUUUAUGCUCGUCCGUACCUCAUGAGAGUCACUUUUAGCCCAAAAACCUCUUUACAAAGUUGCCAAAAAACACAGAUGUGGCUUCAAAUCGUCUGCAUUUCCACAUUUACAAAUUUUGGAUUGUGUGCUCUUCUGUCUGUGUAAGCCACUUCAUAUGCCUUUAAGCAUCCUAAGCAGACCUGUUUCUGUUCAGUUGUGCUGCCUUUUACUUCAAGGAGUUUCUUUAAGAGUGCAAUAAUUUUGCUUUGUAAAAUGUGACCUAACUCAAUAAAUCAGUAACAGAGUGAGAGUUAGCUGUUGUGCUGAAAUGUCACUGCCUUUCCUCAGUGAAAUGCACGAUAAUGAUGGGUUUAUACUGACCUCAAUUUCUGCUGAUUUCAUGGCAGUUGUAUGAACAGUUGAUCAUGUGAGCAGUGUGAUGUAGCAAUUAAAUGCCUUAGAAAACUUUCUAGGUCAAAACUUCAUUGAUGAACUGAUUCGUGCUGCUGUCUCGCUCUACGUUAUCAUACUAACUCCAGCACCUAUUUAACAGAGCUCCAGCAAUUUUAUUUAAAAGGGAAUCACUCUGGUACUUUAACAGCUGCACUUUGUAUUAAUUGGCCUUUAUAAGUAACUCACACUCUGUCUGCAGCCUGUUAUUAUCUCUGUGAAAUCACUCCAUGAAACAUACUUAGGAAGGUGUCAGACUCCUUAAUGUGCUCUGAUGUUAUUUAAGGUUUUGACUAUUGCCUGGCUCUUAUGCUAUGAAGAACAGAGUGCCAAAUGAUGUCAAAGCCACUUUACUACACCACACUUAAUCAACCUUUUUUUUAAUGUUGAAGUGAAAUUAUGGUCAAAAGUUCUAAUCACAAAAAACAUUUUAAGUUUGAUGAUGUUUUUUUCCCCUUAUUUGAAAACAGACUGGAUAGAAUUUGUUUGACAGUUUUGCAUUGAAAACCAUCAUUAGUCUUGGGCUGGCCCUGGGAAUGUGAUUAACUGUAUUAUGUAUAUUUUUCAGUGUAAAUAUAUACCAUCAAAUUGCACACAAAUUAGUGAUUAUAUUCUAUUCCAAGCCCGUUGUGUGACCACAAUAGACUUGUACACCAUCUGCAGUAAUUCCAUCAGCAUUGUAGUUACCAUAUUUAGCUUUUCUACUAUGUUUCGUAUUGAUCGUAACAAAAUGCCUGAAAACACUUGUUUGCAGUGUGUUUCCAAAAUGUGUAAAAACGGAACUGUCAGUUGAUUUACUAAUAAAAGAUUGACAAAAAUA